UUAGAGCCAAUUAAGGGCAGACAGCAGAUGACAAGUGUUUGGCCAGGAGCUGACGGGGGUCAAUACACCAGCCCAAUUUCCCAACAAGUAAAUGCAAUUAAAGAGUGUCACUUAGGCUUGGCCAGCACAUAAAUGGGCACGGCCAGGUGCCGGGUGCCAUCCUGGCAGGAUGCAGAGCUCCAGGAGCAAGCCCUGCUCCUGCCCCAGCCUCAAGCUGCGGGAGGUGGCAUCCAUGUACUUCACCAUGGUGGCAGCGUUCCUGGUCAUCCUGGUGGUGGCCCUGCAGGGCUCGGCGCCCCGCCAGAGCGAUUUCCCCUACAAGGUGCCCCUGGAUCCCCAGGGGCUGCUGGAGCUCUCCUGGAAUGUCAGCUACCCCGAGCAAGCCGUGCAUUUCCAGCUGCUCAUCCGGGAGCUGCACUUCGGGCUCCUCUUCGGGAUGUCGGACAGGGGGGAGUUUGAGAACGCGGACCUGGCCGUGCUCUGGAGCGACGGGCACAACUCCUACUUUGGGGAUGCCUGGAGCGACGCCAAGGGGCAGCUCCACAUGGAUUCCCAGCAGGACUACCAGCUCCUCGGGGCUCGCAGGGCUCCUGAGGGGCUCUACCUCCUCUUCAGAAGAGCCUUCAGCACCUGUGACCCCAAGGACUACCUGAUAGAGGAUGGCACCGUGCACCUGAUCUACGGCAUCCUGGAGAAACCGGUGCGUUCCCUGCAGGCCAUCAACAUCUCUGCCCUCCACGGGGGGCUGCAGAGGGUGCAGCUGCUAAAACCCAACAUCAGCAUCCCUCAGCUGCCCAGAGACAUGAAGACCAUGGAGAUAACAGCCCCAGAUGUUGUCAUUCCCAGCCAGGAGACGACCUACUGGUGUUACAUGGCAGAACUCCCGGAGGGCUUCCCCAAGCACCACAUUAUCAUGUACGAGCCAGUGGUCACGGCGGGCAACGAGGCUCUUGUGCACCACAUGGAGGUUUUCCAGUGUGCAGCCCACUUCGACAGCUUCCCCCUCUACAACGGGCCCUGCGACUCCAAGAUGAAGCCAGAGAGACUCAACUACUGCAGGCACGUGCUGGCAGCCUGGGCCAUGGGGGCACAGGCUUUCUAUUACCCUGAAGAAGCAGGUCUUGCCUUUGGUGGCCCAGGCUCCUCCAGAUAUUUGCGUCUGGAGAUCCAUUACCACAAUCCCCUGGUGUUCACAGGUCGCCGUGACUCCUCGGGGAUCCGGCUGUACUACACGGCCACCCUUCGUCCCUACGACGCUGGAAUCAUGGAGCUGGGCUUGGUGUACACCCCCGUGAUGGCCAUUCCCCCUGGAGAGGACAGCUUCAUCCUCACGGGGUACUGCACUGAUAAAUGCACCCAGCUGGCUCUGCCCGCUGCUGGCAUCCGCAUCUUCGCCUCCCAGCUCCACACACACCUGGCAGGGAGGAAAGUGGUGACGGUGCUGGCCCGGGACGGGAGGGAGCGGCAGGUUGUGAACGCUGAUGGCCACUACAGCCCUCACUUCCAGGAGAUCCGCAUGCUGAAGGAGGUGGUCGCAGUUUUUCCGGGAGAUGAACUCAUCACCACCUGCACAUACAACACCGAGGAUCGGAGCAGAGCCACCGUGGGAGGGUUUGGCAUCCUGGAAGAGAUGUGUGUGAACUACGUGCACUACUACCCCCAGACCCAGCUGGAGCUGUGCAAAAGCGCUGUGGAUCCGGGCUACCUGCACCGCUACUUCAACCUCGUCAACAGGUUUAACGACGAGGAGAUCUGCAUGUGCCCACAGGUGUCUGUCCCACAGCAGUUUUACUCCAUCCCCUGGAACACGUUCAACAGGGAUGUGCUGAAAUCCCUCUACGGCUUUGCUCCCAUCUCCAUGCACUGCAACAAAUCCUCCGCUGUCCGGUUCCCGGGCGAGUGGGAGAAGCAGCCGCUCCCCAGCAUCACCGAGAGGCUGCAGGAGCCCAGACCCCACUGCUCACCAGCCCCAGAGCCACAGCCUGCUGCCCCCGUGCCCCUGCAGCUGGGCCAGCUCCACAGCGACUGACACCAGCACGGAAAACACCUCCAGGCAGGAGCACCAUCCAUCCCUGGGCAACAUCCCUGCCCACACAGCCAUGCCAGCCCUGACCAACCCCUCCGGAGCGGGUGAGAGCUCAGCAGGCAGAGUUCACCAAGUGCUCCGGGGAUGGGAAGAGUUAUAUUUAGUGCGUUAUUAGCAAUGCUGGCUCUGAGUAAUGCUGCUUCCCACCCCCGCGAUAAUAACGGCGAGCUUUGCUAUUGUGCGGCCCCAGGGAGGGCGGGAAGGAGCUUGUGUGCCCGCAGGGAAACUGAGGCACGGAGCAAAGGGAUGUGUGGGAGCAGCACAAAAGCUUUGCCGGCGUCCCACGGUCCUGCCUAGCUCAGGAUGGCUCUGCAGGUGCUCCCCCAUGCUGGCAGCUGUGGCAGGGAUGGAGGGAUGGAUGGAUGGAAGGAUGGAUGGAAGGAUGGAAGGAGGGGUGCCACAACACCCACCCAGCACUCCCCUCCCUCCCCUCCCUCCCCUCCCCACUCCUCCACACUCUCGAUGCCACAAGAUGCCAAUGGCUGGGAACAAACGAUACCUCCGGGAUGGGGUUUGGAAAAGGGGAGGGGAGGAGGGGGAAUGACAAAUCUUUUGUCAGGAAAAAUCGCUCCAUUAAAUAUCUAAAUGUAAAAU